UCCAAACAAACGGUGGCGCUGUAAAGUACGUACUUGGUCGGUUCGAGCGAGAUGUGGAAAGAUCACAAAAAGCUGAUAUGGCACCAGCUUUUUCAAAAUUGAGUGAUCCCUUGCGACAGUUAAUUUGGGUAUUUCUAAUUUUGUUGUCUUUGAUGUUGUUGGUACAUGAUUGUGAAGCGGAAAAACCAUCGGAGUUUCUUUGCGGCGACGCUCUGGACAUUAUGCUAUUCAGCGUUUGCAAGAAUGGCUUUAAUAAAAAAAACUUGGAUGGUCCAAUAGGUUAUCUGCGCAGUCGCAGGCACGCAGAUCAAUUCCUGUUACCACGAAAAUUCACGACACAAUUCCAAAGGGGGGCAUCAGUAGCACUUAGGAAAGGGAACCGUCUUCCAAGUCUGAAGCAGUUGCUGAAGGAGGAGGCGCGAUGGCGUCGAAAACAUCGAAUCACUGGGAAGCGCUUGCGGCGGGAUUUUACCCAUACCCCUGGCAUAGCGGAUGAGUGCUGCAGCUUCGGCUGCUCCUACUCCGACAUCGCUAGAUAUUGCACGGGGCUAGUCUAAGCCGACCAGUGGUCACAGCCAUGGCUGAUGGUAAAACACAAAAUAUUAUUCUAGUUUUAAUGAAGCUGCGAGGACUUGUGCAGAAGCAGGAAACUGUAUUACAUCAAAAUUAAAUUUUCCAAAUGCAACCAAUUUUAUAAUUAAAUAUAACAGAAAAAUGUCUUUAUAUUUAACAAUAAUUAUAUUCUAUAAAUUAACAAAGUGAUAAAUGCACAUUAUUAUAAAUUAACCCAAAAAAUGUAUCUGCAAGUAAUAAGUUACGAAUUGUUAAUGGUGAUUAAAGUGAUCUAAAUACCUUGAAACCAAGUUUGUGCACUGAAAUUGUACCAACCUAUGAAUUUACUCUAUAUAUAUGUAUAUAUUAUAAUCCCUCAAUA